AUGGCAAAGGUCGAGGUUCGGCCAGCACCCGGGCAAAAGCGCCCCAGGGAUGACGAUGAGGUUGAGGUGAUUGAGGCGGCACCAGUGGAUCUCAACUUUGAGGCUCCCGAUGCUUCAGACGAGGAGGACAACGUUAGAGUGGUCCUCUGCGAGUCGGGGCCCCGAAGCGGCGGAAUGGCUUACUAUCUGGGCAGGCAGUGGGAGCGUGGUGCAGUGCACGGCGAGGGCACCCUUGAUGGAGAACCCGAUGCUGCGCAGGCGGCUGCGUUGGCUGUGGUCGCACCGGACAACCAGGCCGAACUGGUGGAACAGGACGAGGAUUUAGAAUCCACGAUGGCCAAGAUCUCUUUCCAGAUGGAUGAGGCCGAGCUGGCUGACACUCCUUGGCGACGUGCGGGCACCAACCUCUCUGACUACUUCAACUUCGGCAUGAGCGAAGACGAGUUCAAGGCGUAUGUUAUGCGGCGCGGCGUCCGGGUGCGGCUGGAGGCGAAAGGUCGGCGGAAGAUCGAACGCCUUGAGGGAGGGCGGCGGCAGAACUGA